GCUCUAGCCAUGGAGACAUCUAUACGGAUGGCGGCUCUGCACGUUUUAAUUGACUUGCACUAACUUUUUUUGAUCCGGAUACCUUUCUUUCUCUACAGACAUUCCACUCCCUUCAAAUAUUCCAAGGCUUCCCUUGAGGAGCUGGUACGCAUGAGUUUGAUGUGCUUCGAACUGGCAAACGCAUCAGGCGGUAGCUCUGCCCCAGCACGGCAUGAUGAUGUCGAAGAGGACGGGGCGGUGGCGAGGAUGUCAUCGACGAGGACGGGGCGGCGCCGCCAGGCUCAGGAGACGCCCACUAUGAUCCCGGCCUCGACCCGUAUCGUCUCCGGGGAGCGGGUGCCUGGGGGCUUGGCUUGGGAGGUGGUGCCGGCCGGUUGUUUGGGCUCGGUUGGCUCGCCUUCUUCUUCGUCAUCUUCGCAUUCUUGGGGUGGUCAGGGUGGCGGCGGCGGCUGCGGGCAGAAAAGAACGAGAGAGGUGCUACCCCCCGAGUUGGUGAUGAGGUAUCAUCAUGGUUAUGGUCAGUUUGACAGCUAUCAUAGGGGGGAGGCAUCACCAAAUGUUGUAGAACAUAGCAAACAGAGCCCCCAAACCAGCAUCCAAGCCCCAGCCAUGGAAGAGUCCUCCCCUUCCUCCUACCCGGAAGCAGCGAGGGAGGCUGCACCAAGGAGGCGAUACAGGGGAGUCCGCCAGCGCCCAUGGGGCAGGUGGGCUGCCGAGAUCCGCGACCCCCACAAGGCAGCUCGUGUGUGGCUCGGCACCUUCGACACAGCUGAGGCUGCUGCCCGGGCCUACGACGAGGCCGCCCUCCGCUUCCGAGGCAGCCGAGCCAAGCUCAACUUCCCCGAGGACGCCCGCCUCCCCUCGACGCCUCCCUCUGCUGCUCCAGCAAACUCGAAUUCUCCGGCAACUCUGAGCUCUGAUGCAUCGAGGGACUACUUGGAGUACUCGUGGCUACCGCAAGGGCUUGGGGAGUACCGGACGCUUCCACCGACAAGCCUUUCGGAUCGGUCGAUGUACUCCAACUAUCCUUGGGCAGUGGCUUCCACGACGAUGGAUGGUUCUUUAGCUUCUGGUUCCUUGCAAACAUCUUCCUCUGUUUUUGCUUCCGCUUCUCCUCCUCCUCCUCCUCCUCCUCCUCGGUUCUAUACUUCGGAGGCAACAGCGUCAGAGAAUUUUGUUGGGGACGGUGGCUCGGCGCUUCUGACGCCGUAUUCGGCCGAUUCCAGCCAACUACCGCCGCCCACUUCUGAGUAGGGUAUUUUCUUUCUCUUUUUUUUCCCGAGAAUUUGGUCUUCUGUUCCUUUGAGUAUAAUUCCACCAGAGAUCCCCUUUGGAGCAUAUAUUAUUUUUUUAUUAUAUUUAGUCAAAAAUUAUGUUUUGGAAAAAAAAUAACAUAAGAUAUUAUAAAUCUAGAAGUCUAAUGUCUAAUCUUAACUCGGAAAGAAAUACCAAAUAGAUUAGUUUCGGUAGUAUUAUAUUGGAACCCCUUGCGUUCGGUGCUUAAGCAUAUCUAAAAUGGCUAUUCAAUUAGUUGAAAAAAUCAUAUUGGUAGACUGCACAUAAAAUCAUCCCAAAAUUGAAAUACUAUGAUGUUUCAUUACAACUUGAUAUCGUGGAAGACUUGAUCCAUGGUCUGGAGAUCUUUAAAAUAUAUAAUUCUUUUGUACAUAAAUAUUUUAGGCCUUUUAAAACACAUCCAACAACUUAAUUGAUGUUGGAAUAACUUUUUUCUUUUUAAACACCCCAUGCAUAUUUUAAUAGUAUAUAUACAUAGAUAUAUAUAUAUAUAUAUAUGUAUAUAUAUGUAUAUAUAUCAAAUGGUCAUGGAUUGAGGAAUCUGCUCUGACAAUGUAAUUAUAUGCUCGAAUGAAACAGAUGUUUGGGGGAUGACCCCUAUUUUUCCUAGCAAAACAGAGAGGAAUUACUAGAUAUUUUAUAAUGCCCAACAUCAACACGAGAGUGCCAUGAUAACAUAUCAUAGUAAAUUGAUUAAUUUCAACUUUGAAAAACAUUAUUAUUACUAGCAGUUUGAUUUAAUUAUCAGUAUAUGUUUUUGGAAGAUUAAUAUAGUGUGGUAAAGGAUAGCAAGAUGUAUACUCCUUAAAUCAAUUAUGAUAUUAUUAAGGAGUUUAUCAAACUAGAUAAAGAUGUUAUUUCCUAAGAUUUUGAGAUCCAGUCGGCCUAGGUUGACCAAGUUAACUUGACUCUUGCCCUUGGUGAGUCAACUCGAUUUUAUCAAAAAUUCGGAUAAAUCAUCGACCUCAGCGGUCCAACCGUAUGACUCACGAGUAGAUAUGUUCGAGUUGCAUCUUUCAUGCGAAAGAAUGAUUGAUCUUUUUUCGUGACGUCGACUAUUUCAUUGUAGCCUAUAUAGAUCUUGAAGCACUCCGAAUUUUUUCAUUCAUCCGUUCGCAUAGAUCUCGAAGUGGUCAUUGCACGAUGAAUUCGCUUAGAGGAAGAUGAAGCUUCCUUUCAUGCAACCCCAAAACUAUAGCAAGCAAUUGUUGGAAAAAAAGAUAAAAUGUGGGAUAGGCCCAAGAAAACCUAUUAUUUUACUUGUUUUAAUUAUAUAUUAGCUUCUAUAUAAUAAAAUAUUUUUAAUAGUUCCUAGGCUAAAAAUUAUAAAAUGAGAAAGUUGCGUGAUUAUCUACUUAUGCGUGCGUCUUUACCGGCAAUAAAAGCCACCAUGGGAAAGGAAGCUUUUGGAAAAUUAUUAACUAGUAUUAGUUACCUGCUGGAUUCUUCCCGUGAGCUUGUUGUCCAACCACCAAAAGCUCUCCACAAGUAUUUAGUAGAAGCAGAAUCAAUAAGAGAAUUCCAAAGAUACAAGAUGGCACAACCUCAGCACGUGUAAACCAAAAAGGCAUGCACGCACGAGUACCUUUAGCACUCCUCCUUCAGAUUAUAUAUUGAUGAAGCCCAAAGUACUGGCUCAAAUACAGAUGGCUGUGAUUGGAUGGGCCUGACGAUCCAUCCAAUCAUGAUGGUCAUGCUUAUCAUGGAUGGCCAUGAUUGGAAGAUAGGACCUCCCUGUAUUUCUAAUUCCUUAAAUCCUAAAUUGCCUCUCUUACUACGUUGUUUCAGAAAAUGAGGUCACUUAAUGCUUGUCUGUUUCUCGUUAAGAAUGGAAGAACUAGAAAUCAAAUUAAACUUCAGUCGGAUUAUAAUUCUGUUUAACUUCGAUUUACCAUUUCAUCACUGAGAAUAGAUAUUAGUGAAGCCAUUUUCGUUUUCAGAAACUGUGUCCACUCACACUGCUAGCAAUUAGCAUUUCAUAUAUAAAACGAGCUGCACCGUCUUGCCUGCUGGACCUGCCGCAUCUCCAAUCACGGAUGGUCCAUGAUUCGAAACUGGAUUUCUCCAAUCCAGCCCCAAGCUGGAGAGAAUUCAUACAGAUUAUUCUUUCUGGUUCUUUUUCCAUGAUGAAAGAAGCCCCCAGACUUGUCGCAGAGAAUACAAACAUAGAGCACACACAGCACAUACAUUCUGCUGCUCCAUGAAAAACGUGACCUUGCACCGAAGAUUAAACGAGCCCGGGAGAAACCAGCAACCCGGACAUUAAGCUGAACAGUAUGAAUUCUAAUGUACUUUGCACUCCUGCCUUUUAAGUUACCAUUAUAAAGUCACUCUUGCUGGUUUUGCUUUCCAUUGGCACAUUACAUUUUGAAAUCUCCACCCCUGCAGACCGUGCAAGCUGCAGCAGCGACUUUGGAUCCUGAAUGACUAUUAAAAAAAUAGCAACAUGCUAGUUUCUAUCACUCAUUCCACAGCUUUCUGUCACAUAUAGGUACUCGAAAAACCAACAUCCCUUCAUUACUCAACGCUUACACUUGACCAACAUGUUUUCAUGAUUAGUUCGCAAAUGAGCUUUAUACAAGACAAAAAAAAAA